GAGACCCGGGUUCGAGUCCCGGCAACGGAAAUUUUUUGUUUAUAUUUCUUUCUUUCCCAUGUCUCUGUCUCUCGUUUUCUUCUUCUAUCGCAGCCGUCCAACACAUUUCAAAAAGAGAAGCAAACGAUGCUUUGCUUCCCUCGCUCCAUUUCUCCUUUGCCUCCUCUGCUCAAAAAGCGCAGCCCACCCACGAUCCUCAUCUCCUUCCACACCUGCACGAUGAUGCUCAUGCAGCAGAGCUGCAGCUGCCGCGAGGCUAUAAACCUCUCCUCUGCGCUCCUGCCGCUGCUUCCUCCGCAAGCGCACGGCGCACCUAGGCAUGGGCAACGUUGUGUUCGGCGUGCAGCUCCGUCGGCGGCGGCUGCCUGCGGUGGAGGAGCGCCUCACGCGGCCGCGCCGCCUCGUCCGCGAGCUUCCGGACCUUGACGCCGGCCGCCUGCGUCGUUUCAUCCGCAGUGGCGACCUCGCGCCGUGCUUUGACCCCGCCGAGGAUGCCGGCGACGACGGCCUAACCGAGGACUGCCCAAUUUGCUUCUUUUUCUACCCGAGUCUGAAUAGAUCCAAGUGCUGCGGCAAAGGGAUCUGCACUGAAUGCUUCUUACAGCUGAUGCCAUCCAAGACUUCUAAAGUUGUCCACUGCCCUUUCUGCAAAACCAAGGCUUAUGCAAUUGAAUACCAAGGCCAAGGCGCUCAAAUGACAAGUGGGAAGAAAAUCAAACAAGAGGGAGAACCGAACGUCAAUGAGACUAAAUUGAGAGUACAUUCGAAAUCUCAGAUUACCGAUGAAAUUAUUCGACAUUAGAAUUAGCUAGUCCAAUUUUACACUUCCGCAAGUUUGGAAUAUCAUAUUGUUCAGAAAAGAAUCUGCUGAUUCAGCUUGAACGGCUUCUACUGUAUAAUGAAGCAAAAUAUUCUGCUAGUGGCUGUAAAAGAAUGAGGAGUUGGUGUAGAAUUGUACGUUGAUUCUGUAGGUGGCUCUGAAGACAAAAAUUAGGCUCCAAGUUUUAUGCCUUAGUUGCAUUAGUGGUGAUCAAGGCCUCCACUUCAGCAUCCAAUAAUACGACACCAAUCACUUGGAUUCCGUGCGGUGCA